UUUGGAUUUGUAUGUGUGUAAGGAUGCCUGUGUUUGAGAGACAGACAGAGGGCAAGAGAGAGAAAGAUAGAGUGAGAGAGGGGGGAGAGUGUGUGUGUGUGUGCUCCUGGCUGACAGAGAAGCAGAGCGAAUGCUGUGGUCUUUAAGAGCAGACAGGCGACAUAAAGACACAUACACACAAAAGCACAGCAACAUGCACACACACAUAUGAACACACUCUCUCUCUCACACACACAUAUUUCCGACAGGCGUACAUGCUGUCUGCAGCACAUGCACGUUCAGGUUGCACACACACACAUACACUCUCAAGACACACACACACACAAGUGCACGCUGUCAGGCUGAUUAGCUUGCAAGGGCUGUCUACAGCAUCCAGGGAGACGGCGCUACAGGAGGCAGCAGUGCUCUGCUACGGCGGAGGAAGAAGAGAGGAAGGAAAGAUAAGGGGAGCCUGAAGCUCUUGGAUUAGUUUCAACCUCAGGCAUAAUUUAACCAGCCCAGGGAGCCACGAUGGAGUGACUGGGAUACUGCGGGGGAAGCUACUGGGAGGUGGACUGUGGACUGUGUGUGUGUUGGGAUCAUCGCUGAGGUACAUACGGGGCUGAUGCAGCAGGAGGACGACUGGGCCCGGCCCCUGGAUCCGGUGCGCUGUGGGGGAGGGGCGCUGUGCAGAGUAGACGCAACGCAGGGAGACAAGGAGAGAGCCUGUUUUUUCCCUCACCAAGAGCUCUGCUGUGAUUCUGUAGCCUGACCGACCGUCUGCUAACUACAGCACAGGCCUGCCUCCCUAUUUCUCUCUCUCUCGGUCUCUCCUUCCUUCUCUUUCUCUCUCCAUUACCAUUCGUCUCCCUCUCUCUCUCUGUCUCUGUCUGUCCUCUUUCUCUGUCCCAUCGCUCAAUACUACGGUCAUCUUUCCCACCCUGUCAUCACCGUCUUUCCAUCCCUCCAUCCUUCUAAGCUCCUCUUUUAACUCCAUCUCUGUCUGUCUGUUUGUCUGUCGGUCUGACUGUCUGUCGCCAAUCUCCUAUUCCCUGACCUUCUAUCUUUCAUUAUAACAUCUUGCCUUUUCUCUCUCACCCUUUCUCUCUUCCUUCUCCUCCUCCAUUGCCUCUCUUUGCCCUUCAGACGAUCCCUCUCUCAUUCUCCAUCCUCCCCCAUCCUAUCCUCCCCCUCUCCCCACCCUGCUGUUUGAUUUGGGUCAGUUCUGCUCACCAGCUGGGAUGAGAUGUAGUCUCUGGAGCUUGGGGAUCCAGGGGGCUCCUGGCCUGCCGUUUGCGGGGCACCCUCAUCUGUGGACCGUCCUCACACUGGGGCCCAUAUCUGGACGCACUGGGUGGGUGGCCUGCUUCCAGGAGAACUGCAUGUAGGGACGGACUGUGAGCACCAGUGGACCCUGUCCCUCUCCCCCUCCACCCCUCGCCCCCCCACACCCGGCGGGGGGAAGCUGUCGCUCUGGAGUGUCCCGGCCUGGCUGGCUGCGGCCUACACGCUGCCCACACGCUGACGACGAAUCCCUCCUCAUGCUGCUGGGACACCUGCAGCGCCCCCACCCCCAGCCCGCUCCACUACCGGUCCUCCUGUCUGGGCAAGCGCCCCGUGCCCCCCAUCACCCUAAGCAUGGGCGUGGUAGAGGCCAUUGACCCCGCCUCGCCGUCCCCUUGCCCCUCGCCCGUGCCAGGGGGCUACCGGCUGCCCCGCUCUUCCACCAGCUACAGCCAGCUGCAGGGGAGGGGAGGAGGGGCAGACCUGGAGCUGGACCUUGGUGCGGCUGCCGGAGGGGUUCUGGAAGGGGCUGGGACGGCAGCGGAGCGCAGGACACCUCUAGUAGACCUGUUCUGUGAGACCUGCUCGAGACCUUGGCUCAUCGGAUGGUGGGACCAGUUUAAGAGGAUGUUGAACCGGGAGCUAUCUCACCUGUCAGAGAUGAGUCGUUCAGGGAACCAGGUGUCUGAAUACAUCUCCACUACCUUCCUGGAUAAGCAGAAUGAGGUAGAGAUCCCGUCUCCGACCCUGCGGGAGCGGGAGCGGGACAAGCCCAUGUGUCACAUCAGUGGAGUGAAGAAGCUGACACACAGCUCCAGCCUGUCCAUCAACACCACCAUGCCACGCUUCGGAGUCAAGACUGAACAGGAGGACGCACUGGCCAGGGAGCUGGAUGACUUGAAUAAGUGGGGCCUUAAUAUCUUUCGUCUGGCUGAGUUCUCCAAUAAUAGGCCUCUCAGCUGCAUCAUGUUCGCCAUCUUCCAGGAGAGGGAUCUGUUGAAGACGUUUCAAAUCCCUGUCGACACGUUUGUGACCUAUGUGAUGACCCUGGAAGACCACUACCAUGCCAACGUGGCCUACCACAACAGCCUCCAUGCUGCUGACGUCACACAGUCCACCCACGUCCUGCUGUCCACACCGGCUCUGGACGCUGUGUUCACUGAUCUGGAGAUCCUAGCUGCGUUAUUUGCUGCUGCCAUCCAUGAUGUGGAUCAUCCUGGCGUGUCCAACCAGUUCCUCAUCAACACCAACUCGGAGCUGGCUCUGAUGUACAACGAUGAGUCAGUCCUGGAGAACCACCACCUGGCUGUGGGCUUCAAGCUGCUCCACGAGGACAACUGUGACAUCUUCCAGAACCUCAGCAAGAGGCAGAGACAGAGCCUGCGCAAGCUCGUUAUCGAUAUGGUGUUGGCGACAGAUAUGUCUAAGCACAUGAGUUUGCUGGCUGAUCUGAAGACCAUGGUGGAGACGAAGAAGGUGACCAGUUCAGGAGUGCUCCUGCUCGACCACUACACUGACCGCAUCCAGGUGCUGAGGAACAUGGUGCACUGUGCGGACCUAAGUAACCCCACCAAGCCCCUGGCCGUGUACAGAGAGUGGACUGAACGCAUCAUGGAGGAGUUCUUUAGACAGGGAGACAAGGAGAGGGAGAGAGGCAUGGAGAUCAGCCCCAUGUGUGACAAACACACUGCUUCUGUGGAGAAGAGUCAGGUGGGCUUCAUCGACUACAUCGUGCACCCUCUGUGGGAGACGUGGGGGGACUUGGUGCAUCCUGACGCCCAGGACAUCCUGGACACUCUGGAGGACAACAGGGACUGGUACCAGAGCACCAUCCCCCAGAGCCCUAUUUCCCCACCCCCAAUCUCCCUCGGCCCAGACAAGAGGCUCAACGCCUGCAUCGACAAGUUCCAGUUCAAGCUCACCUUGGACGAUGACACGGAGGGAGGACAGGAGGAGGAAGAGGAGGAGGAGGAAGAGGAGGAGGAGGGGAAAACCACCCCCAAUCACAUGGUGCUGGACAGCAGUCAGGGAGAGGAGGAAGACAAGAGAGAAGAGGAGGAAGGAGAGGACGGGGUAAAGGAGGAAAGAGAAGGAGACAUCAUCGAGGAGGAAGGGGAAGCAGUGAUGGAGGAGGAGGUGGAGAAGGAGGAGAAGAGGGGAGUUCUUCAGCGAGCUCAGUUAGGGGUGGAGAGAUACACUGACACAAGCCCUGUGGAGGACGAGGAGGAGGAAGACUCAUCCUCACCAGCUGAUGACACAUGAGUUCCGCUCCUCUCUCCCUGGCCACACCCCACAUGCACACACCACGCCCCUCUUGUCCAUCCUUUAUUUCCGAUGACCAAAAACCAAGAUCAAAUAAGACUACAUAAACAAUAGACCUUUAAAUCUAUUUUUCAAAAAGGGAACACAAAUAAUAUUGCUUAUAGAAAAGCUAUUUACACAGCAACUGUAGAUUUGGAGUGGGAUGGGCUAUGAGGAACUGCUAUGAGGAGAAAGGGGAUCAUAGAGAAGCAUUAAUAAUGGGCCAUUGAAGACAGUGUAGCACCAGAACUGAAACACACACACACAUAAACACGCACAAACUCACCUCCACACACAAACUCACAUACACACACAAAAAUACAUGAAUGCACACGCAAACACACCUCACUCACACACUUUGAAUCAUGAAAAAAACUCUCAAGUCUACACACGAGAAUGUGUGUGUUUGUGCAUGCCUGUGUGUGCGUGUGUGUUUAGGGGACUCUGAUUGGUAACGAAUCUCUUUGGAAAAAGCCAUCUCUAUAUGGAGUAUUAACUAGCAUCAGUCAGUAUUACUAAUUCAUGUUUGUUAGAAUUCAACAAGAACUCUGUUUUUUUCUGAGUGACUUAUUUUCCAUUUCUGUCGGAAAGAAAACUACAGACAUCUAUAUAGAGAGGAGGAAUGGAGCGAGAAAAGAAGAGAGGAUUACCUUUAAUAAAGAAAGGAAGAUGCUGUGAUGAGGUGACCUGAGGGUCCCGCCCCCAUUUUCCCUUUAUGAAGAAGUACUACCGGUGCAAGAUGGCUGUGUGCCUUUCUGGAUACACAAGCUCCUGAAAUAUGGAGCUGUUGUGAAGCAAUGCAUCGUGGGACAGGAGUGUCUGCUUUUGUCUUCAUUUUUGAUUGUCUCUUGUUCAAAGAUCUAUUGUAACUCUUCAUGAUUUAAUAAUAUUAUUAUGUGUGUGUGUGUGUGUCACACGCUCAGUCUGUUUCCGUGGUGACAUGUUUUCAGCUGUAAGUCUUCCUUUGUUGCUUUUCAAGGUGAUGAGACGUUUCAGAACUCAUAGAUAAGGAGCAGUCACUACCACUACACCGCCACUAUUGCUGCUUGUGGACUCUCCAGUUUUUACAUAUGAAAAUUAUUUAUAUUUUUUACGUUCUGAGGAUAAGCCAUGUGAUACUUUGGAGUAUAUGUUCUGCCUGUUUUCUAUUUAUUACAGUUUUUGCUAAAUAUGUUUGAAGGAUUAGGAUAAUAUCAUCAGCAGCACAUAUUCACAUUCCAUCUCUUACCCACUCACACUGUAUUUAUUCACCACUCUUCUCACUCACUGCUUCAGUUUUCACCAAAGCAAGAAAUUGGAAACUGAUGAGGGGAGAGGUGCUUUGACGGGGCAGACUGAGAGGAUUUUGUCAGGGUGAUUUCAGGAUUGAAGGGAAUCGAAAGAACGAUCUUGGCCAAAAAGGAGGAUGUUCAGGAAGUCACACACAGCCAUUCUUGUUACGUUUUAAGCUUUUUUGCCUUAAUGUCAAAUGCAGGAUACAUACCUGCCACUCUGUAGAUUUAUAAGAUAUAUUCUAAAUAUCCUAGUAUAUUUAUACCAUGUCUGUAUGCCCCUAUCUGUGAGUGUCUGUGUGUCUAUACACAAUGUACCCAGCAUCUGCAGAUGGACAGGAACAUUUUAUGGCCAAUAUUAAGAAUGUGUUGUGUUAGUUACGAGGGCACAAUAAAUAGGCCAAUUUAGCUCCAGGGAAUGCAGGUCAAAUGAGCGGUAUACAUAUAGAUGUUGCAGACCGGAUGCAGAGUAACUAUAUUUUCUCACAAUACUUUUUCUGGUUGAAAAUACAUCUGUCUUGGGCUGGUUGAGGAAAUGAUGGAUGUUAUGUUGAGAGAGAGAGGAGAGAGAGAGAGCGAGAGAGAGAGAGAGACCUUUCUCUUGUCAUGUGCUGUGUGUCAUCACUCACUCACUAGAAUCACCAUCCUGGCUGUAUGAGGUUAUGGUCACAGGAUUGAUCAGCACAGCUUGAAUAGGUCUCAGUUUGACUUGGAGUUGUUCACAGGGUAAAAAACAACAGCAUGAGUAUAGAUGGUUUCUGCUGGUCAGUAACAUAGCUCAUCUAAAGAACAGCCUGUGCCUGAAGGAACAGAGGCCUGAGAUCCGUCCAGUCCAGCUCUGUGAUUGCAGCAUUGCAGUGUCACCGCACAGGCCUUUAAUUGUUGGAAUGGGAAUCCAACGUUACUGUCUCAGUACCUGGAGUAGGAGAUUCCCAUGAUGCUUCCCCCUGUCUUUGAAGAUAUACGGCUUUGUUUUUCUGGCUUUUUGUUUUGUCAUGAGCUAUAAAAACAAAUAAAUGUUUAAUUACCAUUUUAACACAAUACUGUAGCAAUCAUUUCUUAUUAAGAAAUUAUUCAGUUGAUUAAUUGCUGCCAUUCUUUUUCAAUAAUGAAAAGAAAACCAUGGGAAAUACCACAAGUGUUUUCUUUGAACAGUUUGUGUACAGUUUUUAUUUUUGUAUCAUUCUGGUGGAUGGUCUAGAAACGGAACUAUAAUGACAUAUUGAUAAUAUAACUAUUAGUGUUAUCACAGCUUGUUUUGUAUAUCUUGUAAUGUUGGAUUGUAAAUUAGAAAUUGAUUCAGGUCAUUAUCAUUGAUAAUUAACAACGUUUAGUUAUAAGGAAAUAACUAAAUCACUAAAGCACUACAGGCCACACCAUCACGCUUUCCUUCUCUUUCUCUUUCCUCAUCUUUCCUCUGUCUUUCUCUUUUGUGCUAUCAUUUUUCUCACACACUGAAUUGUGUAAAUUCAAAUUGUAUACAAAGGAUUAGAUUAAUUAGAUGGAUUAGAUGAAUCAUCAGAAAAAUGAAAAUAUUUUGUACCAGAACUUGAAUUUAGGGAGGUUGUAGGGUAGACAAUGUGGUUAAAGUAGUGUGUGGGUAUGUGUUUGUUGGAGGAGUUGGUAGUUAUCUGUCACUCGCUGGUUCCAUUGGACCUGGUUUCAAGCCUUAUUAUUAUUUUAUUUUUUAUAUUGUACUAUUCCAUGUUUGCCAUUCCAUAUUGCCCAAAUCAUAAUCAAUGAAAACUAUUCAUUAUCAAUAUGCCAUGUAGGAGUGACUGUGAGUAAUUGACAGAUGUGUAUGGGUGGAGCGAGAGGUAAAACACAAGAGGGUUCUGAGAGAGACAUUGCGAAGCCAUUUUGAAAUGAGCUCCACCGCUACUUCUUGGUCACUUUCAUCAUAUUAGACUCCCUCUGAGAACAAUUAUCUGGGCUUUAAUUCAUGUGUUACUUGUUCACAAGUUAGGAAAAUUAUAUAAAUGGAAAAAACACCAUGAAAUGAUUGUAAUAUUUGUAAAUUAUAUUGCUGUAACGUGUAAAAUGUGCCCAAGUUAUUUUUUAUUAUAUUAUUUUUAUGAAAGGUUUUCCUCUGAGAGAACUGAGGUGUCAUUUUGUGAAUAAAAUGCAUUUAAUAAGCAAACAGCUAUAUAAUACAAUUAUAUAUCAGUAUAUUUUUUAUUUUAUUUCACUGUUCGGUACUGUAAAGUGUGUUAAAAUUACAAAUAAAGGAAGAUUUUUUAUA